CUGCGGAGCAAAACAAUGAGCUCAGAACUGGGCUGGGAAAGCGGAGCGGCGGCCUUUUGCGUGCGAGGCGCCCCUUUGGCAAAGCGGAGAGCGGCGCAUCCUUUCGGCGGCUCUUAUUUACAUUGCGCUUGAAGGCGGCGGGGAAAUGGAGCGCUCGGCUCGCGCCAGAUGCUGGCUGUAAAUCGGACCGGAUUUCGCCGAGCAGAGACCGACACGCACACACGCACACACCCCGCGCGCCCGCCCGCGACCAUGAAGUACAAGAAUCUUAUGGCAAGAGCCCUUUAUGAUAAUGUCCCAGAAUGUGCAGAAGAAUUGGCCUUCCGGAAAGGUGAUAUUUUGACUGUGAUAGAACAAAACACUGAAGGAUUGGAAGGAUGGUGGCUCUGCUCUUUACAUGGACGACAAGGCAUUGUUCCUGGAAACCGUGUGAAACUUCUGGUAGGCCCUGUACAAGAGAGUCCAUCUCACCAGGACUUGUCAAAUUCAGGACCAGCAACUCAGUCCCCUAACCAGCAAAAAGUCUACCAAGUGCCAAAUGCUCAUACCUCUCCUCGGGAUCCCAUCUAUCAAGUUCCGCCUUCUUAUCUGAAUCAGGGAAUCUACCAGGUACCUACCGCCCACGAUGUUUACCAAGUGCCUCCAUCCGGGCAGAGAAGUUUUGCUGGAGUUGAUGCAGGCAAUAAGGUGGUAACUCCAGUCAGGUCAGGACAAGGUUAUGUUUACGAGUUUCCUACCAAAUACCAGAAGGAUACCUACGAUAUCCCACCAAUUCGUCCUCUUCAAGGGAUCUACGAUGUCCCCCCUGGAUCAGUUAAAAGUCCUCCACAAGCAGCUCAAAUGAGUGAUAUGAAAUCUCAAGGGAUCUAUGACGUUCCUCCCACUAAAGGGAUCUGUACCAAUCCGUCUUCCUCAUUCAGAGAUGAUAUGGAUGCUAGAGAAGGAAUGCCUGAUUUGGCUGCUGGCAUAAAGCACGAAGCGAGCUCAGAAGGUGUAUAUGAUGUCCCUCCUUCCACAGCUAAGGCAACCAUCUCUUCUGAACUGACACCACUCCAACAAGGCCUCUAUGAUGUUCCAGUGAGCCACCAAACUCACUUUGUUGGACAGCAAAUAGUUCCCCAGGCAGAUAUUUAUGACACCCCUCGUGGAAUUCCCUUUCCUGGACAGCAUCUAGCAUUUAGUGAAAGUCUGAAUCCAGAUGGAAAAGAAGGAAUAUAUGACGUCCCACCACAGGUGACACAGGACACUAAAAGGCUACAGGAUGUUACCGAUGGGAUAAACCGAUUGUCUUUUUCAAGUACAGGGAGCACCCGGAGUAACAUGUCCACAUCUUCCACAACAUCAAAGGAAUCUUCUUUUUCAGCUAGUCCUUCUCAUGACAGAAGGAUAAUACUGGAUCCUGACUCUGCCAUCGAGAGACUUUAUUGGAAUCAGAACACAGUAGAAAAUGCUGUCUCCAGUUUGAUGGCCUUUGUCAAUCCUGACUGGCGAUCGUACGAGAACAUGGAAAAACGUAUCAACAAGAUACAUACUGCGGUUGACAAAGUGGAACAGUCACUGGUCGACUACCUCCAUUUCGCAAAGGGGGCAACUACCAAUGCUUCCUAUCUGUCAGAACUUAGUCUCUACAAUAAAAUGAGGAGGGAGCUGCAGAGAUUGGAAGAUUCCUAUCAGAUUUUGACCCAGACUAGCCAUGACCUCAGUAAUUGCAGCUGGUCCUUGAAUGUCCUAGCAGUCAACAAGCCUCAGAACAAAUGUGAUGACCUGGAUCGUUUCGUGAUGGUGGCAAGGACGAUCCCAGAUGAUGCCAAACAACUGACCACCAGCAUCAGUGUCAAUGCUGAGGUGCUCUUCAAACAAGGACCUUGCAGCUCCUAUAUAAAAAACGCAUCGGAGGGCAUGAACCCUGCUGCUGAUUAUGUGUAUGAUAAUCCUCAGGCUCUAACAUUGCACCCUGGAGAUAAAAACCAGGACCACUGCACUUCUCUAUCACCACUCCUUUCUAAAAACCAGCCUUACCAAUGCAACAGCAAUAAUAGCUUAGAAAAGAGCUGGAUGGAUGAUUACGAUUAUGUGCACUUGCAGGGGAAGGAAGAGUUUGAAAGGCAACAGAAAGAGUUGCUGGAAAAAGAAAACAUCGUUAAGCAGAACAAGACGCAGCUGGAGCAUCAUCAGUUGAAUCAGUUCCAGCGAUUGGAACAAGAAAUCACCAAGCCAGUAGAAAAUGACAUCUCAAAGUGGAAGUCACCUCAAAGUCUUCACCCAACAAAGAACUUGGUAGCCACUCAAGAGAGGCAACUUCUUUUGUUUUAUUCAGAACAAUGUGAAACUCAUUUUAAUUCCCUCUUGAACGCCAUUGAUGCCUUCUUCAGCUGCAUCAGUGCUGCGCAGCCCCCAAGGAUCUUUGUCGCUCAUAGCAAGUUUGUCAUCUUAAGUGCUCAUAAACUGGUCUUCAUUGGGGAUACCCUGACUAGGCAGUUGACAACUCAGGAAAUGCGCAACAGCAUCAUGAAUUCCAGCAACCAGCUGUGCGACUUGCUCAAAAGCAUUGUUAUGUCAACCAAGGUGGCUGCCUUGAAUUAUCCCAGCACAUCCACUUUGCAAGAUAUGGUGGACCGUGUAACAGAUCUUUCCCAUUACGCACAGUUGUUUAAGUGUUCGUUGGUUCACAUGGCAUCUUACUGAGAUGCACAAGAUGGACUCAGACCAACAAGGAACUGGAACUUGUCUUCUAUAAUAUGUACAGAUUUUAAACUUGAUCAUGUAUUUUUUUUUCUGUAGAUUUUUUAUAUGGAAAUUUUUAAAUUCAUUUUAUGAAUUAGAAAUGACAAAAAUUUUCAGCAAUCUCAGUUUAUUGGUUUCGAUAUACAUUUAUAAAUAUUAAAUGCAUUCUCAUAUAUGUAUAUAUGGGGACAUUUCAUAGAAUCUAUUAUGUCAGCACCUUAACAAAAGCAUCCAUCAGUUCUGUGAUGUAUAUAGGGGCUUAAUUUUAGGAUACCCAUUAACCUGAUGCUACUUUUCCCUUUCAGAGUCUACAAUGUAUAUUUUAUUUUAGCUUAAUUAUGUCAUGUAGGCAAUGUUGUAAAGGCUAUGGCAACUCUUAAAGUAAAUAUUGUUUUACAUCCAAAGGAAAGGUGCCAACAAAUCCUAUCUGGAAUAAUUGUUAGUAAAUAAACUAUACCUCCUUUAACACUAAUGCUCUGCAAAUUUUAUUUGGAAAUGAAAGCAUGUAUAUUUCCACGCAUUUCAUUUCAAAAGGGACACGCUCAGAAUGACUGUCUUAAUUUUACUUUAGAUUCUGGAGACUGCCAUUUUGAAAGAUAUAAAUUGUACACUUCACAAGAGUAAGGGCCAGUAAUUUGGACCUCAAAAAUUGGGGUUGCCUUUGGAUUAAAGCAAUGCUAAUCCUUUCUUGUCUUGGUUAUUCCAAUUUUCAGCAGUCCAGAUCUGGUUACCUUACAAAGAUACUGGUUCCCCUUUUGCGAAGAUCAGAUAAUGUUCAGAGUCAGAAUCCACCCUGAGUUGAGUUCAAGCAACAAGGAACCAGAUAAUACAGAGUGAAAAGUAUACUUGAAAAAGUCAAACGAUGGAGCUACAAACCACAAUCAGCGAUUAGAUAUUUUUCUCUUCCAGGAAAACAAUAGAUAUGAUUCAGUUGAAGAGUGCUUGAUCUUUAGCAUCUGUGCUUACUAACUGUGAGGUGGAGAAACUGAAAAAAACUACUGUUAAACACGGUGGGGCACAGCUUUCAUCAAAUGGUCAGCCCUGAGUCUGAUAGAUCAUUGUCUAAUUGUGCAAGCAAGGCAAACUUAUUCCACAAACUUGUGGAUAAGGUAGCAGUUGCAGGCUGAGUUAUCCUCUCUGGGUAACAAGGGGAAAAAAAUCAAUAUGCAUCUUGUUAAGUAUUUACAGUUGAUUAACAUUUAUAAAUUUCUCAAUUCCUUGCAUGUUGGCUUACAUGUACUUAUCAAUGUUCUACGUUAAUGGUGCUACAACAGGGGUGUCAAAUUCGCGUCAUCACAGUGGCGUCACGUAUCAGGACUUUUUUCCCCUUUGCUAAACCGGGCAUGGGCAUGGUCAGCGUAUGACACAUCCGGCCUGUGGGCUGCGAGUUAGACAGCCCUGUGCUACCACAACCGUCUCCUGUUUCAGAGUUUUUCCUUUAACAGUAACAAUUGCUGCCGCUCCAUAGAGUUAGGGUAACUUUAAAUUCUGCAGCAGUGAGGAUUAAAGGACCAGUGUGCUAGCAAUGCUCAGUCAUGAUUGAAAGUUUAAUGGUGUUUCUGUCUCUGUUGUUCUGUGAUCAUUUGAGCUAAGCUAACUCUUGCACGCUGCUUAUGCAGCAGGUUGCUGCUAACUAAAUGUUACCUACAACCUUCUGAUCACUUGUCAACUUAAAUAAACUAUAGGUCUUUUCUGCAUACAACA